UGGCCUCAAAAAUAAUACCUUUAAAUUUUAAUUAUGAAUCAAACGAUAAAUCCCCAUUUAUCUUAUUAGGACUUAGCAAGAGUUUUUCGCAAACGAGAAUCAGGUCUAAAUGGAAAGCACUACAAGUAUUUUGAUUUAACGAAACUUUUAAAAAUUAAGCUAGAAUUUGAAGAUGUUUUGCCAAAUUUUAAAGAUCAAUGUGACGUCGAUUACGAACCAGUUAUGGUAAAGCUUUCUUUUGUAUCGAAUGAGUUUAUCGAUAGUUUAAAAGCUAAUCGAGACGAUUUCCUGAGUGAUAACAGCGUUAGAAACGAUCAUAAAGAUAAUGAUAAAGAUAAUGAUAUCAGAAAGAAAACAAAUGAGAGAGUAUGGCCAGCAACAAAUAAUAAAAGACUCUUUUCUUUGCACUCUCGGGACUCAAUUCCUUUAUUUAGAAGACGUCCCAAGCAAUUAGUAUUCUUUUCAAUUAAGAAAUCCUUCAUUCGAUCUUUAAAUCCUAAACUUCUUUUAAAUACUCAUUAUAAUUAUAGGAUUGACUUGUUUGAUGCAGAAAUUGAGUUUCAUGACGAUAUUAUUGCUUUUAUUUCUCUAAACCAAUUUGCUAAGCUAGGAACUGCUACUGAUGCCAUAUUUUUACAAGACUACAAUUUGCUAAUCGAAUUUGAUAAGAAAAAUAUAUUACUCAAAAAUUCUCAAUUAGAUUUAUUAUUUCAACAGAGCAAAUUUGCAACUAAGAAAUUUUAUUUGGUUAUAUUGUCGAGUUUACUUUUGUUCUACUAAUCAAUGUUUAUGAAAAAAAACUAAUUAUCAAAUUUAAUACAAUUUUGACUUUACUUACCAAUUUACUAUUUUCAAAACCAGCUUUAGAGAGAAAUAAAUUCUUCAAACCUAUAACUCGAAUUUUUGAACCUGGUAAA